ACCAUGUCUGACACUGCUGGAAAGACCAUCAAGUGCAAAGCUGCUGUGUGCUGGGGUGCUGGAGAGCCCUUGAAGAUCGAAGAAGUCGAGGUCGCUCCCCCCAGGGCCCACGAAGUCAGAAUCCGUAUCUUGUAUACUGGUAUCUGUCACACGGACGAGUACACUCGCAGUGGCAAGGACCCUGAGGGUCUCUUCCCCGUUAUCCUUGGUCAUGAAGGUGGAGGUAUCGUCGAGUCUGUUGGCGAGGGCGUUACCAGCGUCGCAGUCGGCGAUCAUGUUAUUCCCCUCUACACCGCCGAAUGCCGUGAAUGCAAGUUCUGCAAGAGCGGGAAGACUAACCUCUGUGGAAAGGUUCGAGCCACUCAAGGCAAGGGAUUGAUGCCCGACAACACCAGCCGUUUCUCUAUCAAUGGCAAGCCCAUCCACCACUUCAUGGGUACUUCGACCUUCUCCCAGUAUACUGUCGUCGCCGAUGUAUCAGUCGUCGCCGUGAACAAGAAGGCUCCCUUGGACAAGGUCUGCCUCCUCGGUUGUGGUAUCACCACCGCCUGGGGAGCUGUUGUCAAGCAGCCUGGAAUCAAGGACUCUACCGUCGCUGUCUUCGGCUGUGGUGCCAUCGGUCUCGGAUGCAUCUCCACCGCCUCCGUCGUAGGAGCCAGCCGAAUCAUUGCCAUCGACACCAACCCCAAGAAGGAGUCGUGGGCCAAACAAUUCGGUGCCACCGAGUUCAUUAACCCACUCGACCUUCCCGAGGGCAAGAAGAUUCAAGACCACUUGGUCGAGAUCACCGACGGCGGUCUCGAUUUUACCUUUGACUGCACUGGAAAUGUCCAAGUCAUGCGCGCUGCUCUCGAGGCUUGCCACAAGGGAUGGGGUGUUUCGACCGUCAUUGGUGUCGCUGCUGCUGGUCAAGAAAUUUCCACUCGACCCUUCCAACUGGUCACCGGACGUGUCUGGCGAGGAUCUGCUUUCGGCGGCGUCAAGGGCCGCACUGAGAUUCCUGGAUUGGUCGAAGAUUACUUGAACGGUAAACUCAAGGUUGAUGAGUACGUCACUCACCACAGAAAGUUGGAAGAGCUCAACGAAGGCUUCCAUGACAUGCACUCCGGCGAAUGUAUCCGAUGCGUCGUCGAUAUGCAAUGAAUAGCAAGUUCCCAGAAUCCACUGAAUCGAUGAAAGAGCAGCACAACGGGAACAUCACGAAUGAAUAUGUAAACAC